UUAUCCCCUUCCCUUUCCCUUCAAUCCCCUCCCCACCACAAGCAAAAAUGUUAAAAAAACAAAGAAAAAAGAAAAACUCAAUCAAUUUAUAAGAACCCUAAAAAAGAUAGAUAGAUCGAUAGAUAGAUAGAGAGAGAGAGUGAAUGAACAUAUGAAUCUUAUGAUGAUCACUCUCACACUUCCCUCUUCUUGUUCUUGUUCUUGUUCUUUUCUUUUGUUUGUUCAUUAAUGGCUUCUUCUCUCCCUUCUCUCGCCGUCGGCGGCGGCGCCGCCACUCUCCACAAGCUCGACUCCGACACCAAGAAGCUUCCUCCCUCCUCCCUCUCCCUUGAGAAGAGCUUUUCCUGCCAGAGAAGCCCUUCUUCUUCAGCAGCUCAAGAAACCGCCUCUGAAGCGCCUUCGCAGCCGCUUUUCGACCUCCGAGAAGCGCUCGACAUCCUAAAAGACGGCACCCGCAUCGAAUCAUCCCUCUACGUCCCCCUCCUGCAGCGAUGCGUCGAUAAAAGCUCGCUCUCGGAGGCCGAAAUCGUCCAUGCCCACAUCGUAAAAACCGGAACACUCCAAGAUCUCUUCAUUUCAACCUCUCUCGUCGACGCGUACGCGAAAUGCGGGUCGACGGAUCAUGCCCGCAAGGUGUUCGAUAAAGUGCCGAGGAGAAACGUCGUUACUUGGACCGCUCUUAUCACCGGAUAUGUUCGUAACUCGCAACCGGAGUCCGCGGUCGAAGUGUUUAUUCGGUUGAUAGACUCGGGUUUUUAUCCUACGAGUUUUACGCUGGGAGCCGUUCUGAGUGCCUGUUGCGCUUUAUAUGCUAACGAGCUCGGGAAACAGAUUCACGGGUAUGUUAUAAAGUACGGUGUUGAGUCGAACACGAGUACGGGGAACUCUCUUUGUAGCUUGUAUUCGAAAUCCGGUAGCUUGGAUUCGGCUAUGAAGGCCUUUGAGCGGAUCCCGGAUAAGAAUGUGAUCUCGUGGACGACGAUCAUAUCCGCGUGCGGCGACAAUGGCGAUGCGGAGCGGGGCUUGAGAUUGUUUGUCGACAUGCUUUUGGAAGAUGUGGAGCCGAAUGAGUUCACGCUGACGAGCGCGCUCAGCUUGUGCUGCGUCGUUCAUGAUCUCGAUCUCGGGAAGCAAGUUCAUGCGUUUUGCGUCAAAUUCGGGUGCGAAUCGAACAUUCCAGUGAAAAAUUCGGUCAUGUAUUUGUACUUAAAGUGCGGGGAGAUUGAUGAGGCGAGGAGGCUGUUCGAUGGAAUCGAGAGCGUAAGCGUGAUCACGUGGAACGCGAUGAUCGCGGGACAUGCCCAGAUGAUCUCUUCCGCGAGGGACGACGUGGCGGCUCACUCUAGCGGAAUCGAGGCCUUCAAAAUGUUAUUGAAAAUGAACCGUGCUGGUAUGAAACCCGACUUGUUCACUUUCUCGAGCAUCUUAACUGUUUGCAGCGGUCUCGUAGCGCUAACUCAGGGCGAGCAAAUCCAUGCUCAAUCUAUAAAAACCGGAUUUUUGUCCGAUGUUGUUGUUAGUAGUGCAUUGGUGAACAUGUACACCAAAUGCGGGUGCAUUGAAAAGGCCGCGAAAGCGUUCGUCGAGAUGCGUACAAGGACUCUUAUAUCGUGGACUUCGAUGCUAACCGCUUACUCUCAACACGGUCGGUCCAGAGAGGCGAUUCAGCUCUUCGAGGACAUGAGAUUAGCUGGCGUUAGGCCGAACCAAGUCACCUUCGUCGGUGUCCUUUCCGCAUGUAGCCACGCGGGGUUGGUCGACGAGGCUGAGUACUACUUCAACAUGAUGCAGAGUGAGUACGGAAUCGAGCCCGUCAUGGACCAUUAUGCGUGCAUGGUCGACAUGUUCGUGAGGUUGGGUCGAUUGGAAGACGCGUUCGAUUUCGUAAAGAGGAUGAACUUCGAGCCCAACGAGAUCAUUUGGUCCAUCCUAAUUGCCGGGUGUCGGAGCCACGGGAAUACGGAAUUGGGGUUCUAUGCCGCGGAUAAAUUGCUCGAGCUCAAGCCUCGAGGGAUUGAGACUUACAUGUUGUUGCUCAAUAUGUACAUGUCGGCGGAGCGAUGGCACGAUGUAUCGAGGGUUCGAAAGCUAAUGAAAGACGAGAAGAUCGGAUUUAUCAGGGACCGAAGCUGGAUUACGGUGAAAGACAAAGUACACUUCUUUAGGGCCGACGAUCGGUCUCACCGCCAAAGCGGCGAGAUGUAUGAAUUGCUGGAAAAUCUACUGAACAAAGCUAAAGAAUUGGGCUACGUGCCGUAUAAAAGCGUCGAGUUAUCUGAAAACGAAGACGACGACAGCGAGAAAGCUUUCGUUCCAGUGACUCAUCACAGCGAGAGACUAGCUAUUGCCUUCGGGCUGAUAAACACGUCGCGGCAUUCGUCGAUUCGAGUUGUUAAGAACAUCACUAUGUGCAGGGACUGCCACACUUCGGUGAAGUUAUUCUCGGCAUUGACCGACAGAGAAAUCGUCGUCAGAGAUAGCAAAAGGCUUCACACGUUCAAGGGCGGUCGAUGUUCGUGCGGCGAUUUUGGCGCGCUUUUGUGAGAGGCUUCUCGGAGCUGCAUUUCGCGGUUGCGAGGGCUCGAGGCCGUAUAUUUUAUAUUCAACAGGUUUUUUAGUAGACCCUAAAUACGGGCUUAAUUAAAUGGGACGGGGUCGUGCCGAAAACUUACCGACAUGAUACGGCAUAGUGCAUGCCGAGUCGUAUCAAUAUGUGUCGGUAACAAAAAAUACAUGUGUGUCGACAUAUAAUGACAUAAAAUACUUAGUUUUUUUUAGCAACAAAAUAUUUUAAUAGUUAAGUAUGUAUCUUUAUCAAAUCUUUUGAACUUUAUUGAAAAAAUAACUAACUAAUUUAAAAAAUAGAAGGUUUUGAGCUGUACUAUCAGCACAGGAAUUGUAUCAUGCCGAUAUCAUGUUGGCACGGUAGGCACGGUCGGUACGGUCUGUGCCGAUGGACUCUUAAAUUCUUGGGAUUCGAACUCAGCACCUCUUGUUUGGUACGCUGUUAAAUUAAAUAAAACAAUCCUUUACCUCUAACAGCGAGCUGACAGAGAAUGACGUUUCAUAUUUAUUUACAAUAGCAUCAAAAUAGGAGAUACUGAGUUCCAGUCAAGCGAGACUCCUAGUGUACUUAAUGUUUUUUUAUUUAAUUCAAAUUCACGUUGUGAACCUAUCAAAAAUAUCUCUAACCCAAACUUAGUUUCUAGAAAAAUAACAGUUAUUUUAUAUAAUUUAAUACGGCAUAACCAACACCAAAAAAAAAAAAAAAAAAAAAAAAAAAAAAAAAAAAAAAAAAAAAAAAAAAA